AUGGACGAUGAUGUUAUUACUUCUCCAUACAAUACUGUGCUUGGGAUCAGUCAGCUGACCGAACUGGCUGAUUGUGUCCUGCCAGUGGACAAUCUGGCGUUGACCGGUAUGAUUGGACGACUGAAAGGCAGUUCAACCAAGCCUGUUCCUAAGGAACCUUCACUAAGAAGCAACGACACAACAAAGCAGCAGUCCAGUUCCAAUUGGCCAGUCACUGCGACACCCAUUGAUACUGCAGCUAAUGGAAAGGCAUUUGACGAGAUGAACAACAUUGUUGCCAAUAUGCUGUUAAAUUUGACCAGUUCCUCACGGUUUGAAGGCACUAUGAACGUGGAUAUCAACGAAAUCAGUAUGAAUUUGGUGCCAUUCCCAAGGCUCCAUUAUCUCAUCGCAGCUCAGAGUCCUUUGACGAACACCAACCAGACCGUUGCCCCCCGAAAAGUGGAUCAACUCUUCGCUGACGCAUUCACGCGCGACUUUCAACUGAUAUCCGCUGACCCGUGUCGCCAUACUUAUUUGGCUGCUGCGCUCCUCGUUCGCGGUUCGGUGACGGCCUCGGACAUACGCCGUAACAUAGACAGCAAGCUGGUCCUGUCUGACCAGGUGUUACUGGUGCUCUGA